AUGUGUUCAAAGGGCGUUAUUGUUGGCGUUGCACUGCUGAUGAUGCAGAUUUACGGAGUACUAUCCUGCACCUUCACAGUUCAAGAAGAGGAUUUCCUUGCGGAUACCAUGUAUGAGAUGCCAAAAGAAAACAAAGAUAUGUGUUUCCGUACUUGUUUUGAGGAAAGUAACUGCACCUUUGUCAGUUACCGUGAGGUGGUUGUUGCGGACCUUUUUGCGGCGAGUUUGACCGCUGAAGAAAAACACGAUCGGAAGGCUAAUACGGAAUGCUGUGAUGUAGUGGUUGGUGGGAGGCUUUACGAGACGAUACCCUAUGCCUGA